AAGAGGAGAGCCAGAGAGACAGAGGAGAGGAGGAGAGAGGAUGCGGCUCGUGUUUUAGCUGGACCGCUCCUCCGCUGAUGCUCGAAUGUGCAAACGGAUUAUUUCGUCUUUUAAAAUCGUCUCUUUCUUUUUUUUUCCGCACCACAGACUCUGAACACUAACCAGGUGAUAAGAUGGGGAACGGUUCGGUCAAAUCGAAGCGUUACAAACACACAGAGGGCUCCGCUUCCAACGGCCGGGCCCACAAAGACCUCAGCGGCGCGUUCAAGAACUCGUCCCAGGAUUCUCUCAGGGCCCGAGUGGAGGAGCUGGAGCGAGAGGGCAAGAGGAAGGACGAGGAGCUCUGCGCCAAGGAGCAGCAGAUCAAAGGCCUCCAGGAGCAGUUGGCCAAACAGACCAAAGUUCUCGCCGAGCUGAGCGACGAGCUGCAGAACAAGUGCAUCCAGCUCAACAAGCUGCAGGACGUGGUGAGGAGCGGCGCCCCCUCGGCGGGCCUGCCCUCCCGGUCCGCGUCCGUCAGGGUCGGCAGCAAGGGCAGCCCCAACCUCAGCGUUCGGAUCAAAGAGACGCUCAACAGGAGGAAAGGCGCCAAAGCCGGGGUGUCGGCCGAACCCACGUCCAGGACGUACGACUCCAGCGGCCUGCCGAAGUUCUCCUUUGAGAAGGCUCGGGUUCCAAAGGACGCGAGCGUAAAGAGGCUGCUGACAGACGCCCUGAACAAGAACCAGUACCUGAAGAGGCUGGAGCUGCAGCAGAUCAAAGACAUGGUGGAGUGCAUGUACGAGCGCACCUACCAGCAGGGAGAGUACGUCAUCAAGCAGGGGGAGCCUGGGAACCAUCUGUUUGUCCUGGCAGAUGGGAAGCUGGACGUGUAUCAACAUAACAAACUGCUCACAUCGAUAGCGGUGUGGACCACUUUUGGAGAAUUAGCCAUUCUGUACAACUGCACACGGACGGCGUCAGUGCGAGCGGUGAACAAAGUGAGGACAUGGGCCCUGGACCGGGAAGUGUUCCAGAACAUCAUGAGGCGGACGGCCGAGACGCGGCACGAACAGUACCGCAACUUUCUACGAAGUGUUUCACUCUUGGCUAAUCUACCAGAGGACAAGCUAAGCAAAAUAGUGGACUGCCUCGAGGUGGAGUACUAUGACAAAGGAGAGUACGUCAUCCGAGAGGGAGAGGAGGGCAGCACCUUCUACAUCAUCGCGCAGGGAAAGGUGAAGGUGACCCAGACCACCGACGCCCACAAGCUGCCACAGAUCAUCAACACGCUGCAGAAGGGAGACUACUUCGGAGAAAAGGCGCUCAUAAGUGACGACGUCAGGUCAGCCAACAUCAUAGCGGACGAGAACGGGGUGGAGUGUCUCGUCAUUGACAGAGAGACAUUUGAUCAGACGGUGGGCACCUUCAAUGAGCUGCAGAAGUACCUGCAGGGUUACGUGGCAACACUUGAUCGCGACGACAAGAAGAGACAUGCCAAGAAGUCGCUGUCGCGUCACCAGAGCCAGCCGCUGUCACCGGACGUCAUCCACCUGAGGGACAUGGUGUCAAUGUUCUCUGCGUCCAGACCCUUCGAUCACCUGGAGGUCGUUGCCACGCUCGGGGUCGGAGGGUUCGGACGAGUAGAGCUGGUGAAGAUGAAGGGCGAGGACAUCACUUUUGCCCUGAAGGUCAUCAAGAAGAAGCACGUUGUGGACAACAGGCAGGAAGAGCACAUCCACUCCGAGAGGAAGAUCCUCGCCGAGGCUCGCUCGCCUUUCGUUGUCAAACUGUAUCGCACGUUCAAGGAUAACAAAUACGUGUACAUGCUGCUGGAGGCCUGUCUGGGAGGAGAGAUUUGGAGUCUGCUCAGAGACAGGGGGAGUUUUGAUGAGCCCACUGCCAAAUUCUGCGUCGGUUGCGUGACAGAGGCUUUUGAUUAUCUCCACCGCAAAGGCGUUCUCUACAGAGACCUGAAGCCAGAGAAUCUCAUGCUGGAUGCGGAAGGAUACAUCAAACUGGUCGACUUUGGUUUUGCCAAGAAGAUCAGAUGUGGCCAGAAGACUUGGACCUUCUGUGGUACACCAGAGUACGUGGCCCCAGAGAUCAUCCUCAACAAAGGUCACAACUUCAGCGUGGACUUCUGGUCUCUGGGCAUCCUGGUGUUUGAGCUUCUCACAGGCAGUCCUCCAUUCUCUGGAAGUGACCAGAUGAUGACCUACACGUUCAUCUUGAAAGGCAUUGAGAAGAUGGACUUCCCCAAGAAGAUCACCAAGAGACCUGAGGACCUCAUACGCAAGCUAUGCAGGAGGAAUCCCUCGGAGCGACUGGGGAACCUUAAAAACGGAAUAACUGAUAUCAAGAAGCACAGGUGGUUCAAUGGCUUCAACUGGGAAGGGCUGAAGGCCAGGACCUUACCAUCGCCACUGAAAAGAGAACUGACAGGGCCGACGGACCACAGUUACUUCGACAGCUACCCUCCAGAUGAGGACAGUCCUCCUGAUGAGCUGUCUGGCUGGGACAUGGACUUCUGAGAAUUCCUGCACCCGUGUUUCUUCUUAUUUUCCUGUUAGCGCACACCCAGAUGAACUUAUUACAACUCCUGCGACAGACAAAGGGGAUCAACUCAGUUUCGGUGCAGCAGCAGCAGCAGGUUAUAUUUUACGAUCUCCUGUGUAGAACGAAUGGAAUAAGGAGAAUUUGACGGUGGAGUUAAACAGCGUUAUGUAACUGUCACUGCCCUCAUGGUUAAUUCAGCUGACUUGCACUCUACCUAAUCCAAGUGCAGAGUCACGCUAGCAGCGCUACGACGUGGUGGCAUUCGAGCUAAAACGGGCUCUCCACCCUCUGCCACCUGAGUGGUUGCGGCCCCGGCCUCCACUGAUGGCAGCUGGCAGUGUUCGUGGGUGGGAAGACACAGAGGGAUCAAGUCCUUGUUGCAGCAACACAGCUGCGCAAAGCAAAGUAGCUGCACUAGAAACAUCUGUGGACAUUACUUUGGAGAUGUUGAAAAAGAAUUAGCCAAGCGUUAAGCUGUUCCAAAAUUACAGGGGGAAAAAAAAACCCAAAACGUAAUCACUCCAAGAUUCCUGAAGAGAACUUUUGAAAGAAAAGAAAAUGCUCCGCCAACAAUAGAUUGAAACGACUUCAGAACGCAGCUUUAGAUGCUUUGUUAUCUUUCAAAGAUCGUUAAGUUAUUGAACGCAGCUUUAGCUUUGCGGGAAUUACCCUGGAAGCGGCUGCGGCCCAGGAACGGGCUGGUCUCUUUCAAGACGCAUCUCCCUCCGAGUAAGAAUCCGACCGGCGUUUCGCGUCUUUGCAUUCCUUAAACAGCGUAAGCUCAUUGUUAGUGCACAAAUAAUUCACAGAUAUUAUACACAGAUAUUUGCGUUCAGACACUCUGCUCCGGCCUCUCAUGACGGCUCCAGAUGUGGUUUGCGGAAAAGAAAAAAAAAAAAAAAAGAAAAAGAAAAAGAAUUGGUGGUGCAGCUGCAAACACUUUAUUUCCUGCAGCUGAGGGAAUUAGCUUGUUUAUAGCUCUAGAAGAACGAAGGUGUGAGGGAGGAGAUGUGUGUGGAGAUGAACCAACACAAACUUUGGAGGGGAAACGGUCCUUGCCAUAAAACAUCUGCGCUCAAGAAGAAUUGAGCACUCCAUCAGUGUCCCGAACCCGACACGCGUGAAAACACAAACGCCUUCCUCCGCCGAAAUGAUAAAGUGUGAGCAUCCUGCAGCGGGGGCUCCUGAGCUGGAGAAAUAUUUACCCUCCUGAAGCUGAGUCAACUCCGCGGUUUCCAGCUUCUCUUGGAGCGGCCGAGUCCGGCUCUCGUCCGAGGUGUCCGAUGAUGCGAGGGGGAAUUAAACGGAGCACAGAAAACUUUUUUUUUUUUUUUUAAGGAGCUUAGGGUCAAAGGUUACGUGUAUUUCCAUUUUUUUAAACACUUUACAGUUUACGGUAAAUCCACCGUGUGCCGCGUACUGUACACUUGAAAGCAUAAGCAGCAGAAAUACACAGUUUAUACAAUCCAAGCAACUGGUUCCUUUAUGUAAACCUUAAAAAGACUGAGUGACGGACUUUUGUAAAUAUCAUAUAUACACUGUAUGUGUACACUGACUGGUGGAUGUGUGUGUCCGGUACCAACUGUAUGUGUUAAUGUCUGUUUGGAGGAGCUGCAGCCUGGAAAGGACAACUACUGGAACAGCUCUGGUUGUUAAAGUCUGCGGUAGAUUCACACUUUUUUCUCGAUUACAUUUUAAUUGGUCGGAUUAUAUUUCAGAGUUCUCACUAUACUUUUACGGGAGCCAAACGUUUCUAUGUCCGAGCUCGAAGAUGAUGAUGCAGCUGUUGUAUGACUGGUGCACGUAGACGUUGAGAGCAGAGGUGUGAAGAUACACCGAUCAGCCACAACAUUAAAACCACUGACAGGAGAAGUGAAUAACAUUUAAACCAUCUUGUGACAAUUCAGUGUUCUGCUGGGAAACUUUUGGACCUUUCAUUCAUUCAUUCAUUCAUUCAUUCAUUCAUGUGGAUGUUACUUAGACAUCUGAUCAAGCAUCUUUGGGAUCCCCUCCCCUCAACCCACAGGACCCAAAGGCCCCAUGACGCCCUCAGAAGAGCCAUGUCCAUUCUCUGAUGAGUCACGACUGUUUUGAAGGAAACAAGGGCGAUCUACACAAUAUCAGGAAUAAUGUCGUUCCUGAUCGGUGCAGGAGCCGUUUAGCCGACCAGUAGUAAGGUGAUGGGAACAUCCCACUGCAGCUAAAACCUCUGCAGGAAGGACACGUUUAAAUAAUCAAACUCAAUUAUUUCUUAUAAAAACAGAAAAUCUAAAAUGUCGUGUAAAAGUGAAAUUUGUGCUGGUAUAAGCAGAACAAAAACAGCAAAUUAUUCUUAUAUUCAAUCAAAUCAUCUUGUAUUAACAAAAAA